AAAAUUGUUCGUUCACUAAAUUCAAAAUAUUUGCUUACUCGCGGCCCUCCUCAGUUAGCAUACUAGCAUUUUCGUGUGUAUACUAUACUAGUAGUGUUCCAACUCGCCGGGCAAGAGGUUUAAGGAGAAAAUUUCUCUAGACCGAGUAUUUCUGCCGUUAAGUGGAUUUUAAGAUGAUCGCAGCACCACGAAGGAUCAUCGAUACGUGACGUGACGUGACGGUUUGCCAAGCUCUUUCGAUUUUCCAGCGAGGACGUCGUCGUCGUCUUCGAAAGGUUUAAACUGGACAUUGACGAAAAGUGAAACGAUGUGUGAAAAACAAUGCUGCACAUUUGGGAAAACUCGCUCGUCGUAAGUGUUUCGGGAAACAACAGGCGUUGACAAAGUUAUUCUCGACGCCCUUUCAACGAUAAUGAAACCAUAAUAUGAACAACCCGAAUGGCGAAAAUACACUGAGUAACGAUCGAAAAAAAAGUAGUGGAAGAGCGAAGAUAGCCAAGAGUAAAAAUGUAUGUGACUCUCGAUCUUCAGCCGGUGGGACUAGUGGGUUACAGUCGUUUUUCCGUUGGUUCCGCAAGGAUGAUCAUCGGCUCAAAGACCCGGACCUCGACUUCGCAGAGCCCACACCGAAACAGCCGGUGGAUGUUGGAUCCUGUUCCAGCCGAGGCAAAGGUGUAAUCAAACGCGGAGAUGCUACACCGGAUGCUGUGAGUCAAACGCAAAGCAAUGGUACACACAGUUCAUCACCGAGCCCUAGUCCAGUGAUAGACUGCAAUAACUUGUCAAAAAGUUCCAGCUGUGAUAGUAUUUUAAGCACGGCGACUACGGGAUUCGCAUUUGUACCUCCGAAUCGCUACGAAGCCAUCGGUGGCCUGCAGCUGAAUGAACGUGUAAUCAACCCUGGCCCUUACACCGACAGCUAUAAACGGCGCGUGAGGCAGCUUGAUCGUACACGAGAGAUAGACAAGAAGUACGAACUAACCCUACGUAAAAAGUAUAACCUAUUUGCAAGCUUGCAAAAACAUGUUGCAGAAAAAGACGCUACAUUAACGCGCAAUAAUCAAAAAUCGAUAUAUACUGAUCUCAGUUUACCAACUGCUACAAAAACCGCUUCGGAAAGUGUCAAUUCCGCAGAUCGAGAGGAAUUUCCAGAACCUGAAAAUCGAAGACACAGAAGAACAGUGAGCGAUUCUUCCAAAGACAAGAAAGCGGGAGCUUACGUACACGUGAGAGGCAAAAGAAGAGCACCACCUCCUCCCCCACUUAAUUUUGACACAAAUACUGCAACACUCACUCGGCAGAACUCGACGUCCAACUACGGAACAUUAUCUCCCGGAUCAACACUUUCGCGCAAGAAAAGACCUGCGCCUCCUCCACCAGCCUCUCCCAAAUCACCCACGCUGAACGAAGCGAUAUCCAAUACAAGUUUGCUAGAGGAUAGAGAGAUAAAAGCCAUCAUCGAAGGCAUGCCGAUGCCAAGAACUCCUGAACUAAUAUUACCCCUCAGAACAACUCCCCUGCCUGGAAUUUCAGAAGAAAGAACUCCUGGUGGUUUGACCGAAGAACAAAAACAACAACUUAUCGAUAACAUUCGAAAGAUUAAGCCUCCAUCCGAUGACACGGACCCACCAACACCCACAAAUGCACCUCCCACGAACUGCAUGCUUACCAACUACGAUGUCAUGAAGUUGGAAGAAAACUUCAUCAAUACCAAUGGAACGAGAUCGCCAAUACAUGAUUUUUUGUACAGCGAAGCUGUAGCAAACAGUUCCAAGCCAGGAAUUCCAACAUCUCCGAUAUCUCCCAGGCCGUGGUAUAAGCGUCCAAUAUCCGGUGUAAGACAGCAAGAAAGUUCCCUACCCUUCAAAAAAGAUAUCAUUCUGAAAACUAUCGACAAACGAAAAGGUAAAACCAAAGAAAAGGAUGAUUUACCAGAGGUGGGAUACUGUCGAAAUUCACUAGUCGAAACCACAUCUAGCAAUACUGGGAGCGGCCCAAGAUUCAACCUCUUCUCGAAGCUCACCGAAAAAUCAGACGACAUCAAACGCCGUGAAAGAGACAGUGAAAAACGAAAAUCGGGCAUUGGUAUACCAAACAUCAGCGAACUAGACCGAGAAGCUGCAGAAAUUAUAACGAAAGAGCAUGCACAAAAACAAAUCGUGCAAGAACAAAAAAUCGAAAUGUAUUUCACUGCACCCGAGCAACUUGUCAAAAGAAGCAGGUCCUUCCAAAAUACAGAAGAAGUUCAGGAACAACUGGACGUGAACAGUUGCAAACCAAAAUCAACGAAAGAAUUGAUUACCAAGUUUGAAAGUUCAAAGCUGAAACCAAACACUACGACGGUUGUUGUCUCUCACGUUCCAAAAAGGGAUUAUUUCGGAAACGUUCACAACAAGGAGGCAGAACCGUCACCAACAUCUCCGGUACUAUUGAGGAAAGAGAUUCCUUCUCAACUCCCCAGUCUUACAAAGACUUCAAGUGAUAAAAAUUUACUUGGUUUAUGGUCCUGUCCUUAUUGCACUCUGGAAAAUCCGAACUGGCGAAUCAUAUGUGAGGCAUGUGAGCGUAUUAAACCAUACGAGAAACUAAGCAUCCUAGAAGAACCGCCGUUAAGGCCGAACCAUCCCUUGAAGAAACCUCUGCCUGAGCUCAAACCUCAACCACAGACUAUCACUCAGCAAGAAUGGGAUAAAAAGACUGAACGUGUGCUGAAAUAUUUCAUGCCAAAGACUAAUCCCACCGUAAACAAUACUUCGGGUAUACAAGGUACUCCAGAGGCACCGAAGAAAUCCUUUGGUCAGGCAAAAAUGUUGGCCUCCCCGAAAAUGGGUGUUAAAAGUUUAAUGAACCGUAUUUCUCCGGAAAAAAUUAACGGACUCAAACACUACUCAAACGCUUUUCUACAAACAAUUCCGGCCACCAAUCAAUUUGAUGAUGAGAAGCUCAAAGAGACCUCGAUUAAAGUUCCUAGCUCCGACGUUUCAUUAACUGCAACGGAUACGGCAAAAACUGACGCUGAAGGUGUUAAUUUGGAUGAGGUCCGGAAUGCUCGAUUAGCUAGAUUUAGUGCCAAUCUUGAAGUUCAUAACGAAGAUGACGCGACACCUAUUCCACAGCCUAAGCAGAUGGUUAAUGUCAAAGACAUGGAUGAAGAAGCUUUGGAAAAAGAGAAAGAACGACUUCGUGAGAUGAUUCGUGCUAUGAACGCAAAAGCGUUGGCGGAUAAGUAUCCGGUUCUUCAGAAGCCACCCAGCAGUAGUGGCCCUACUAAACGAGAAUCUCCUCAAGUUCAACGAAGGAACGGAUUCAUAUCUGCCAUUCCCGUUAGUACAAAGAGCCCCAAUCCUAUACGGAAGUUCAGUCCGACCAUGGCCCGCCGACCAUCACCAAACUUCGUCGAAGAGCAUGCACCAGGUGUCGCAGAGCCGUACAAGCUAGGAGCGAUCAAGAAAACGGUUGUUCGUAAACGAGAAGAGCCUAAACAAAUCAACAAAAUUAAUGAAACAAAGAUUAUCAACAGGGAGGUGAAGUUUCCUGCCCUUGUAUUACCAGAAACGGUCGCUGAAUUCAGUGAAGCCAAGCUUGUUCUUACAAACGACACAGAAAAACUGCGAUAUGAAGCAAUGGACGAAAAACAAUUUCAAACACAUUUCGCCCAGAACAAAACACGAGACCUAGGGGAACCACUCAGUGACCAGCAGAGCGAAAAAGUGCGACAAAUCUCUAACCAACUGCGCUCAGUUCAGGGUGUUGAAAAUUUCAAGCGAACUCUCAAAUACGCUGGCUCUUCCAUUAAUCGAUCCAAUACGUUGGCGAUCAACAAACUGCUGAGAAAUUUGGAGUUUGCUAUAGCGGAAGGAGCACACGAUCGGGCAGCAAAUUUAGCCGUAGAUCUAGCCAAAAUGAAAGUUUCUUUAAUCGAAGCUUUCUUCCGGUAUCCCAUGGAUUUCAGCUACUUCAUUCAAAACUUUUCGGCUAUUGCCUACAACUGAGACAUUAAACCGGGUCGUUUGUCGUUUGCCGGUCGGCCAUUCGGAUUGAACAUUGCGCUCAACUACCGUGACGCCAGCGGAAAUCAGUUUUCCGAAGACGUCUUCAAUGAAACCGUUUCGAUUAUCGAAAUCGAUGAGGGUCUGGAUGGGGAAACGUUCUUCCUGUACGUGUUCCUGGCGGCUGUUGUAGUUUUGUUGCUGGUGCUCGGCCAACAAUUCCUGGAUCGUAUGGCAAGCGUAAACGCUCCCCAGCUGCCCGUGGAAACCGGAACCACAAGUACCAAGGAUGUGGACUAUGAAUGGAUUCCACAAGAAACACUCAAGAGGAUUCAAAAUUCUCCCAAGGGCGACAAAGUGUCCCCGAAGCAAAGCCCACGACAGCGGAAGGCAAAGCGAGCUGACAGUGCCGAUGAUUGAAUCAACGACUUGGAGAACUCAUUGCUUUGAGAAGAGUAGCUAUCGUUAACAAAGCAUAAAACAGAGACACAAAUAUGUAGAAUGCCCAUCACCAUCAUCAACACAAAAAGCACAAUCGGCGUGGAACGAUAAUUCUGGCAUUAUUUUCCGGAAAGUCGUUUGACCGAAUAGUUAGUUGGCAUAACAAAUUAUAAUGAAAAAAAUUUGUAUUAUGCGAAAGGUCACAUUAUGCUAGAUAACCGUUACGUGAAAUAACCCUAAAGUCAAAACGGGACGAGCCAGAUUAUUUCCAUUGGCAAACAUGAGUGAUGAGUCCGGUGCGUGACUGCACUCGUUUUUGUGAAGGACAUUUAUGAACGAUUUAGUCAAAAUGAGUUGAAAACAUCGGAAACUUCCUAUUAGAAACAUCCACAUAAAACAACGUUGUAGUUUAUUUUUGUUGUCAUAACGUACCAAUUGUCGCAAUUUGCAAUCAUUUUGUUAAGGAAGAUUUUUUUGAUCUUUAUAAUCAGAACAAACAUGAUUUUUGUACUGGUAGGAAUGAAUCGGAGUUCCGACGCAGCAGGAAAUUGAGCGGUUCGAUGAUAGAAGCGCAUGAAUGGAUAGAAAUGAGAUGCGAUUAUAGAAAUGAUCCGAAAGCUUAUCCAAUGGAUCUCGACUUCUAAGGUCUAUCGCACUAGUUUGCCUUGGGUUACCUUAUCACCUACACCUUGAAGACGAUGCUCUCACUUAGCUGUUUGUGGUAGAAGGAUGCAAACGAAUAGAAGAGACGAUAUUGAAUCCGGAUGAAAUCGUCAAAUCCGCUCGCUGUUGAACUAAAGAUGUAGCCAUGCUUGGUGUCAAAAUCAAGUAGAAGCCAUUGUGUGCCAAAUAUUUACUAGAAGAAAUUCAUCAGAUAAUCGACGGCGGAGAGUAUCCCGUACAAUCAACAGCAGAACAAGAAGAAGAAGAGAGUAUCCCAAUGGACACAUGUCUGUCACUGGGGAUGUUUGGCCAUCUCUCAGUCGAUCUUAUGGGUUCCAGUUUUGAUAGUAAGCGUUCGAUACAGCAUUUUAAGGUGGUCUGCCGAAAGUUGAGUCAUGGAAAGAUCUUUUUCUAGCUUAUGCCGAAAUCGAAUGACAAGAGUUUUUCAAAAGUUAGUUAAAUCUCGAGAUGGAAUGCUGCGGACGAAAGCUUGUAAAGACGAAGCAACUCAUAUUACAGGUCCCAUUGAAAAUGUCCAGGUAAAAUGUCGCUGAAUGAUAUUAUUUCAAAUCCAGCUCGAAAUCGAGUAGAGGCAAAGUCUCUUGAGCACCACCACCGGACAAACAUUCGGAACAUACGACUGGAAGUGCGGAAUAUAAUAUGAAAUUGAAAUUCUUCGAUACAAAAAUUUACAAAUAAAAUAAAUGUGUUAAAUAAG